AUGUCAACAACAUCUGCCACCACGGAGACUCCGCUCGAUGCGAUAGAAUCUAUUUUCAAAGAUCUCCGCCAAACGUUUAACUCUGGUAAAACCAAACCAUUGACAUGGCGUCGGCAACAACUUGAACGCUUGUAUGAAAUGUGUGAUAAGGAAAAAGACGCGUUUGGAGCAGCCGCAAACACCGAUUUUCAUCGACCGAAUUCGGAGACACUUAUCUUCGAUUGUGGCUCAAUUCGUAACGAAUGCACACAUGCACUCAAUCAUCUCGAUGAGUGGGCUAGUGAUGAAAAGAUUUCCGAUGCGCUAGCCUAUGCAACGUUGGAUAAAUAUGUUCAUCCAGAACCACUUGGUAUCGCAUUGAUUAUCGGUGCAUGGAACUAUCCGUUUUUAGUCACACUAACACCGCUGAUUGGUGCCAUUGCUGCUGGUAAUUGUGCUAUUCUCAAGCCUUCUGAAUUAGCGCCACACUCGGCAGCAAUCAUGGCAACAAUGGUCGCACGUUAUCUUGAUCCGAGUUGUUUUCGGGUAGUACUUGGCGGUGUUGAUCAAACACAAGCGUUACUCAAAGGCGAUAUUGAUAAAGUAUUUUAUACAGGUUCAACAGCAGUCGGAAAAAUAGUAAUGAAGGCAGCUGCAGACAAAAUGAUUCCAGUUACACUUGAGUGUGGUGGCAAAAGCCCCGUGUUCGUCGCCGAUGACGCAAACUUGGAAAUUUGUGGAAGACGUCUUGCUUGGGGCAAAACAAUCAACUGUGGACAAACAUGUUUAGCACCUGAUUAUGUCUUAUGUUCAAAAGCUACUGAAAGUCGCUUAAUUCCAUAUGUAACUAAAGCUUGGCAAGAAUUUUACACUACCAAUCCUGCUAAUUCAGAUUCAUAUUGUCAUAUUGUUAACAGUCGCCAUUUCGAUCGUGUUAAAAGAUUAAUCAACCAAGACAAAGUCGUACACGGUGGUCAAACUGAUUCCAAUCAAAAUUUCAUUGCCCCAACUAUCAUGAGCGACGUCACAGCGGAUGACAAUGUCAUGCAAGAAGAAAUCUUUGGACCUCUUCUUCCGUUUAUUACAGUUCGGGAUGAGCAAGAAGCCAUUCGUUUUAUCAAUAGUCGCGACAAACCAUUGGCACUCUACGUGUUCUCAUCAAAUAAGGAUUUAGCAAAACGAGUUAUUAAUGCGACAAGUGCCGGUUCAACCUGUGUAAAUGAUGUUAUCUUUCAAAUAGCACCGCCUUCCUUACCUUUCGGCGGUGUGGGAGCCAGUGGUUUAGGUGCAUAUCAUGGCAAAUACUCCUUUGAUGCUUUCAGUCAUCGCCGUACUGUGGUUUACGCGCCGAAUUGGACAGAAGUACUACUAGUCCAACGAAAUCCCCCAUAUACUGCGAAGAAAACGGCUUUUAUUGAAAAUCUGAGUAAAGUGCGCCGUCGCUGGCGUUUAUUACCACGAUUAGGAUUUUGGUUCUGGGCAUUUGCUGCUCUCGCGUUGGCUGUUGCAGCCCGUAUUGGUCUUCGUGGUUUACAAGAAAAUAAAUGGAACAUAUAA